ACGUUUUGGAUUGGAAAGGUUAAGCGCGUGAAAUGAUAUGACAGAGAGAGAGAGAGAGCUUUUGGGACAGCAGCUGUUACCUCUACCAUUUAUUAAUGAGUGAUGAAAAGAAAGAGAGAGAAAGCUACUUGCACUGUAAUCUAUUGCUUCUUUUUAAUGAAUUGAGGCUGAUUCCUCUCUCCCUCUCUUCAAAACCCACUUCCUACUUUUGAUUCUCUAUAGUCAGCUCUAUUGAGAAAUUGCAAUACAAAAAGAACACCCAUGGGAGAUUCUGCUCAUGUAAGUUAGGAGCAUUGCAAACUCAAAGAGGAGGAGGAGAAGAAAGAAAGAAAGAAAGAAAGAAAUUAAGCAAGAAGGAAGGAAAGAGAAGCCCACCUGUGCUUAGAAUGGAGGAUUCUCUCUCUACAAAACCCAACUUGAAGUCUACAAAAGAGUCCAAGAAAGAAAACCAGUACUGCAAAAAAAGGAAAGUAAUUGAAAAGAAGGUGGUGACAGUAAGGAUUGAAGCAAACGUUGGGGGACAGAAGGGUGAAGGUCCGCCUUCUGAUCUAUGGUCCUGGAGGAAAUAUGGGCAGAAACCCAUCAAAGGAUCUCCUUAUCCAAGGGGCUACUACAGGUGCAGCACCUCAAAGGGCUGUUCAGCUAAAAAACAAGUAGAAAGAUGCAGAACAGAUGCUUCAAUGCUCAUAAUCACCUACACCUCCACCCACAACCACCCAGAUCCUGACAUUCACACCCUCACCACUGACCAAACCCCCAAAAUCCAACCCAUUAAAGAUCAUCCCACCACCCCAAAACACCCCAUCACCAAUCAAGACCAUCUCACUGACAAUCUCUACUUCCAAUCCCCCAUCAACCCCUCAGAUGACACCAUCGAUCAGAAUGGCCCACUAACACUACUACAAGAAAACACCAACCCCAUCAACCUCUUUUUUGAUACAGAACCCCUUCCCUACCCCCACAUUCUAACAUUCUCCACACCCAAAUCAGAAGAAAAUGAAAAUGACUUCUUUGAUGAGCUUGAAGAGCUUCCCAUCUCCUCAUCUUUCACAAGCUUGGUCAGGAAUAGUUUCUUUGAUGAAAGGAUCCUUGUUCUUCCCUCUUAGGACUCCUGCAUGCACACAGGAACUGUACAUGGGUCAUGAAUGUACCUCAGAUUAACCGUACAAGUAGUGGGCCACACCACAGAUGGGUCACAACCCAAAACUUAGAAUUGACUUAUGAUCCUCAUUGGCUGAUUGGUGGAUAAAACAUAUACCACAUCCAUUGAUUAGAGGUAUGAUCAUCUAAGGAAUCUGAUCUUGGACCUAUCUCCCACCUGCGGUGGGCCUCAUUCUUUCAGCCGUUUGAUUUGAGUACAUGCAUGCCAUGUUUACGAUUUGUGCAUGUCUAUGGAACAUCCAAUGUAAUGAAAUGUACAUAUACUACGAGUAGUUUUUUUUUUUUUUCUAGAUUUCUCUAGCCUUUUUUUCUUUUAUUGAGAUAACAUGAAAAAUGGGCUGGUGAAUAUCAUGUAUCGAUUGGUAUCCUUCCACAAUGGGAUAUGAUGGGGAAUGAUCACAUACCAGCUGUGUGUGACCCACCGUGAUGUGUGACUUCCAUCCAACUCGUCUAGAAACAUUCUGAUGGAAUGUGGGGCCCACAGUGUUGUCUAUAUAUCAUCCAAACGAUUCAUAUGGUGCUCCCCACCAGGAUAAAGGGACACACCAAAAAUCAAGCGAAUCUAAAAUUUAGGUGGGCCAAAACAAAUAAAUAUAUAGGUUUCGUAAGUGAUUUUACAUUGCUCCUUGGGGUGUGCCCACCUGAGUUUUUUUAUAGUGAUGAUAUGUUGUGAUGUACGGUGAAAAUGAAGAGAUUCAACAGAUUUACGGUUUGGAUUCCACAUACACAUUAAUGGGGGCCCACAAAAUCGAUGGUGUGGUAAUCACCAUACGUUGGAACGCAUGCAAUCAUGCUAUCCAUAUGGAUAAUAUGGUACUCUCUCCAAGCAGAGUUAUUUAUCAAACGGGUCCGUUCAUCUAGUGGGCCCUAGUAUGGAUGAAUCAUGUGUAAAAAAUCAUGCAUAUUAGUCAAUGUUAUCCAUCGGAUUGGAUGCCCCCCAAAUCUACGGUAGAAAACCGAAGUAGUGAUGAUCAAAUAUUCAUUAUGGCAAAUUAAAGACCCGGUCCAUGGAUGAAUGGACCCGAUUGAUGCAUCAUCCUGCCACGUGUACUAUGGACGACAUCACGGUUCUUACGCGCCUGCCCUGUCAUCUCACGAUGAUGGAGUUUGUUCAAGGGUUGCUGUCAAUGCAUUAAAACCACUUCGAUAGCCGUAGGCUAUAGGAUAAGGCACCUGUUGUACACGUGUUGUUUGGACACUGUGUAAACCGAUCAUCCACUCAAAUCAAAUUAUACUUAGGAUCUUGACCGUCCAUUAGAUAUCCACCAAUCAACCAUUUAGGAUCAUACUUUCAGUUUAAAUUUGGUCUAAUCAUCCAUGCACGGUAGGCCCCUUUAUUUGGACGGUUCCGAUUCGAGGAUGAAUGGCCAGGAUUUAUGAAGUUUGUCCGCGUGUAGGAUUCUAAUCUUGCUAAAGACAGAUGUGGCCUAGAUGAUGAGAGGACCAGAUUGAUUUUGGGCCAGAAUGGACGGCUUGGGAUAUCGAAAGUGUUCACGCGAGUAGUAUUGGAAUCUUGACAGUGCGAGUAGCUUUUGCAUUUAUAUAAAGAUAUUAAAAAUAAAAAUAAAAAGAAAAAAAGAUGUCACGAGCUUCACGAGGUGAGUGCGUGAUGAUGGUGUUUGUUUUUUGGGGCGAUUCGUUUGUUGGAGAUGCUUUUGCAGCUUUCGCAGUUUUUCUUUUUU